CCAUGGAAAUGGACAAUGCGAGUUUUCCUAACACUUUCGUCCUGCUGGGCUUCUCAGAGUUUUCCUGGCUGGAGAGGCCCCUCUCUGCAGUGGUCCUGGUCUCCUACAUCCUCACCCUGGUGGGGAACAGCUCCAUCGUCCUCCUCUCCCUGGUGGACCCCAGGCUGCAGACGCCCAUGUACUUCUUCCUGGACAACCUCUCUCUGCUGGACCUCAGUCUCACCUGCACCACUGUGCCCCAGCUACUGUCCAAUCUCUGGGGACCAGACAAGACCAUUGCCUCCUGGGGCUGUAUCACCCAGAGCUGUCUCUUCUGCUUGGCAGCCAGCACCGAAUGUGCCCUGCUGGCCGUGAUGGCCACUGAUCGCUAUGUGGCCAUCUGCCGGCCACUUCAGUACAGUCUCAUCAUGCGUCCCUGGGUCUGUGUGCAGAUGACAGUUGUAUGCUGGUCCAGCGGCCUGGCCAAUGCUCUGCUCCAAGCCACACUCACCCUCCAGCUCCGCCUCUGUGGACACCACACCCUGGACCACUUCUUCUGUGAGAUGUCUGUGCUCAUCAAGUUGGCCUGCGGGGACACCUCUGCUAAUGAUCUGGCCCUCACCUUGAUGACCAUCCCAUUUGGAAUGGUGGCUCCCCUGAUGAUCAUUAUCUCCUACACCUUCAUUGCCAGGGCUGUACUGAAGCUGCCUUCAGCUGAAGGCAGGCGCAAGGCACUCAGCACCUGCAGUUCCCACUUGCUCGUGGUCACCUUGUACUUUGCACCAGGCACUUACUUGUACCUCCAGCCUUCAUCCAAGAGUUCCCAAGCCAAGUUCAUAUCCUUUUUAUGCUGUGUUAUCACCCCAGUGCUCAACCCACUCAUCUACACCCUGAGAAACAAGGAUGUGAAGACGGCGUGGAAGAGGAUCCUGCAAUCCCAGAGCAGUGUGAAGUCUUUAAAAGCCAGAUGA